GUCCGGAGUUGAGUAGUUGGGGUGAGCGCUGUGGCUGGGCUUGUGGCCGCUCGCUGGCGCCCGUUAAAGCAGCUGCGUAGUGGCCGCGUGCGAGGUAGCCGCGGGGCCUCGGAGAACCGGGCCAGUCGGCUGGGGGACGCACGCGCGCACACAAAUCUGCGCCUGCGAGGGACCAGCGCUUUACACAGCGAGGGCGGCGAGGAGCGGGAAGCCGCCUGGAGUAGAAGUUUGGCUGGAGCCUCCGCCGCUAAGAGGAAACUUUUAUCGAGGGGCCGCGGGAGGAGGCGCCGCCGCCGCCGCGGCGACUGGGCUGGUCUGUGCGGGACCCAGAGAUUCCGAACGGACUCGCGGGGACUUUUUCGGCCCUGGCCGGGAUGUACCUGGCAGCGUCGGCAGCGGGGCGGAGGCGCCGGGGUGUCGGCGGCGGCUGGCACCUGGCGGCGGGGCGGCUGCUGCUCCUGGCGCUGUUGCUCUGGGGGGAGUCCGGGACGCGGGCGUUCGUCUGCUUGCCGUGCGACGAGUCUAGGUGCGAGGAGCCCAAGAACUGCCCCGGCGGCGUCGUUCUGGACAUCUGCGGCUGCUGCUUCAUGUGCGCCCGGCAGCGCAACGAGAGCUGCGGGGGAUUCUUUGGGCUCCAUGGAGCCUGCGACCGGGGGCUGCGCUGUGUCAUCCGCCCUCCGCUCAACGGGGACUCCCUCACCGAGUACGAAGCGGGCGUCUGUGAAGAUGAAAACUGGGAUGAUCAGCUACUUGGAUUUGAGCCUUGCAAUGAAAACCUGAUAACAGGCUGCAAUAUAAUCAAUGGAAAAUGCGAAUGUGAUACUAUUAGGACCUGUAGUAAUCCCUUUGAGUUUCCAAGCCGGGAUUCUUGCCUAUCAGCUUUAAAAAAGAUUGAAGAAGAAAAGCCUGACUGUUCCAAGGCCCGUUGUGAAGUACAGUUUUCUCCUCGCUGUCCUGAAGAUUCUAUUUUGAUUGAAGGCUAUGCUCCACCUGGUGAAUGCUGCCCUCUUCCAAGCCGCUGUGUGUGCAAUCCCACGGGAUGUUUGAGAAAAGUUUGCCAACCAGGCUAUUUGAAUAUAUUGGUUUCUAAAGCAUCAGGCAAACCAGGGGAAUGCUGUGACUUUUAUGAAUGUAAACCAGUUUUCAGCGUAGAUUGCAGUACAGUGGAAUGCCCUCCUGUCCAGCAAGUUGUUUGCCCUUUGGAUAGCUAUGAAACCCAAGUCAGGCUGACAGCUGAUGGAUGCUGUACUCUUCCUACAAGGUGCGAGUGUCUCUCUGGUUUAUGUGGUAUUCCAAAAUGUGAGGCAGGCUACAUCCCCCAAAUAGUGUCACGUGGAGAUGGAACACCUGGCAAGUGCUGUGAUGUUUUUGAAUGUGUCCAUGAAGUGAAACCAGUGUGUAUAUUUAAUAGUGUGGAAUAUUAUGAUGGAGAUAUGUUUCGAAUGGAUGCUUGCCGUUUUUGUCGGUGCCAAGCUGGCGUCUCUAUUUGUUUCUCAGCACAGUGUGGGGAGCUACAUUGUGACAGAUACUAUGUACCAGAAGGAGAGUGCUGUCCAGUAUGUGAAGAUUCAGUUUCUCCAGUUAGUAACCCUGCUGGUUGUUAUGCUAAUGGCCAGAUUCAAGCACAUGGUGAUCGCUGGAGGGAAGAUGAUUGCACUUUCUGCCAAUGUAUCAAUGGAGAAUCCCAUUGUGUUGCCACAGCCUGUGGACAGAGCUGCUUGAAUCCUGUAAAAGUGCCUGGGGAAUGCUGUCCAAUGUGUGAAGAACCAACAUAUAUCACAAUAGGUCCACCCACAUGUUAUCCUCUUGUGAACUGCACGUUAACUGAGAGAGACUGUGUCUACAACUUCAGAGUUGAUCGAAAUGGUUGUCACAUCUGCCAGUGCAAAACGAGAGAGGAGCUGUGUGCUGAGCUCAUGUCAGGUUGUUCCUUGGAUUGUUCCUUCGGUUUCCAGACUGAUGGCCAGAACUGUAAGAUCUGUCAGUGCCGCCCACGGCCUAAGAAAUGCAAGCCCAUAGUAUGUGACAAGUACUGUCCAUUUGGAUACUUGAAAAACAAGCAUGGGUGUGAAAUCUGUCGAUGUAAAAAAUGCCCAGAACAGUCAUGUGAUAAGAUCUGUCCUAAUGGCUUCCAGCAGGAUAAUGAAGGCUGCCUUAUCUGCAGAUGCAGAGAUUUACCAACUUCUGUAAUGCCACCAGUCAAGACUGGUUCUUGCCUGUCAGUGGAUGGGCACCGUCAUGAAAAUGAAGAAAGUUGGCAUGAUGGCUGCCGGGAAUGUUACUGCCAUAACGGUCGGGAAAUGUGUGCUUUGAUCACCUGCUCUGUACCCAACUGUGGCAAUCCCACCAUACCUCCAGGAAAAUGUUGUCCGUCAUGUCCAGAUGAAUCUACUUUGCAGAAGCCGGAACUCAGUGGUCCAACUAUCUGCUAUGUUCCAGGCGGUGAAUACUUUCUGGAAGGAGAUACAUGGAACAUUGAUUCUUGCACACAAUGUACAUGUCAUAAUGCUCGAGUUUUGUGUGAGACUGAAGUCUGUCCACCUCUUCUUUGUCGAAAUCCCACCCGGACUCAGGAUUCGUGCUGUCCACAGUGCCUAGAUGAGCCUGCUCAGCCUUCUUCGUCAAGCAACGAGAGCAUGCCUAGUUACUGCAAAAAUGAUGAAGGCGAUAUUUUCCUGACUGCUGAAUCCUGGAAGCCAAAUGUUUGUACUAGUUGUGUUUGCAUGGAUGGUGCUAUCAGCUGCUACUCUGAGUCGUGUCCCCCAGUGUCCUGUGACAGACCUGUAUUGAGAAAAGGCCAGUGUUGCCCUUAUUGUAUAGAAGACACAACAUCAAAGAAGGCAGUUUGUCACUUUAAUGGUAAAACCUAUGCAGAUGAAGAACGUUGGGACAUUGACAGCUGCACACACUGCUACUGUCUGCAGGGUCAGACCCUUUGUUCCACAGUCAGCUGUCCUGCUCUUCCUUGUGUGGAACCCAUCAGUGUUGAAGGAAGUUGCUGCCCUAUGUGCCCAGAGAUGUAUGUACCUGAACCUACCAACGUUCCAAUUGAGAAGACAAAUCAUCGAGGAUAUAAUGACCUGGAAGCACCAGUUUGGCCUACACCCAGUGAAAAUGACAUUGUUCAUGUCCAUAGAGAUAUGGGUCACCUUCAGGGAGAUUUUAGACAAAACAGAGGAUCACAGUCAAACACAGAGGCAUCUCUUGGUUCUCUUGCUUGGGUGACGGUGCCCAUCAUGACAGCCUUAGUUCUUAUAAUAGCACUUCUACUUGUCAAUCAGAAGAAACAGUGGAUACCAGUAUCCUGCUACAGAACUCCAACAAAGCCUUCCUGCCUGAACAAUCAACUGGUAUAUGUGGACUGCAAGAAAGGAACUAUGGUUCAGGUGGACAGUUCUCAGAGAAUGCUCAGAAUUGCUGACCCAGAUUCCAGAUACAGUGGAUUUUACAGCAUGCAAAAACAGAACAACUUACAGGCAGAUAAUUUCUAUCAAACAGUGUGAUAAGUAACAUCUUUCCUGAGAAGAUAAGAAGAAACAAGACUGAGUCUGCUACUAAAAUAAAACUAGAAUUGUGCACUUGCUUAGUGGAUUGUAUUGGAUUUGUGACUUCAUGUACAGUUCUAAGACCUUACUGAGAUGGGCUUUGACUCCUGCAGUAUGCCAGAACAAGCAUUCCCACUUCUUGCGAUAACUGACCAAGUGUUUUCUUAGAACCAAAGUUUUAAAACUUUUAAGAUGUUUUGCUUGUAAGAUAGUAUUCGAGGUUGUUUGGAAAGAGGGAAUUGAGGUUGUGCUUGAGUGGUUAUAACAGGAAGCCUCAAAAGAUGAGAAGCUGGUCAGCUUAGCUUGGAGUCAAAGCAAAAAGAAUAUAGCUUUUUCCUGUCACUCCAAAAUUGCAUUUAUUGCAGUGAAGUUAUACGCAUAGCCCUACCUGAUCUCAAAAAAGGAUAGGGUUUUUUUAGGCUGUGCUACAAAAAUAUACUCCUAGGAGAGAAUCUUUCACUUCACAGGUAUGGUGUAGCUGCAACUAUGUUUUUCUACCUGAUCAUAAGCUGCAGUCGCUAAUGACAUAGCAAGGAAAACAUUAUAGCAGAAAUACAAAGGUUGAGUUUAUCGAAAAUGUGUACAAUUAUACCUUGUACUGCUUUUUGUUCUUCCUUGAGAUGCUGAUUGUCCAGCUUUUGGCAGUUAGCAAAUGGCUAAGGCCUGUAUAAUUCCUGAUUAUGAGCACUGGAUCUUUUGACAACAGUUUUGGACAGGGAGAGAAAGGAAGGAAAAGUGAAAAACACCAUCUGAUUCCAGAACUUGUGGUGUGUGUGUUUGUUUGUUUUAACCAUGUAUCAGUUUCAGGUGAUGAAAAUAUUUUUCAUUGUAGGAAAAGAAAAAGAUGAUAUUGGAUGAAGAUCUUGCUCAAAUUAAAUCAUUGUAAGGGUUCCUUUUUGCUAUUUACUGAUUAUGCAGACUAGAAACAACUUCCAUGCUAGGAAGCUGCUUAAUUUUAAUUGUAUAUUACUCAAGCACCUUUUUGGAAGCUCAGAAAGAAAGGAGAUCAUGCUUCUUUAAAACUUUUAGCUUUAUAGAAAUAUUUAUGUAAAUAUAGUUAAGCUAAAAACAUAGCAUUUGUAUGUCAAUGUGUGUAUAUAUGUGUAUAUAUAUGUACAUAUGUAUGUGUAUAUGUAUAUAUAUACGUGUGUGUAUAUAUACAUAUGCAUAUAUAUACACACUAUAUGUAUAUAUAUGUAUAUAUACAGUAUAUAUAUGGAAUUUAUAUAUACAGUAUAUAUCAGUAUAAUUUUGUAUUUUCCCUGUUGAAUGUAUUUUUACCUGAGAUUUUACCCAGAGCAAAAAUGAACAGGCAUUCCAUAUUAUUGGUUAAUCAUUUGUGAGAUUAGGAACGCUGAGAGCAUCUCAUUCUACCUACAGUUUUAAUUGAUUUUAAAGUGUGAAUAUGUUAGAGUGUGUGUGUGUGUGUGUGUGUGUGUGUGUGUGUGUGUGUGUAUACGCACACCCUUGUGUUUGCAUAUAUGUGUACAGUAUGUGCACAGUUUUAGCAGUAAGCAUUUCUAUUGCUUCUUGCUACAUUUCAGGGUGUUUUGUUUUCUUUUUCUUUUCCUGCCUGGCCUUAAAAAGGUCGUAAUUCAAUGCAUUGGCUAGAUACACUGAUAACAUACAGGCAGCACUAAUCAGUUCCAUAGAAUAACACCAUCCACACUUUUGAAUCCAGUAGUACCUUGAAGAACCACAAAAUUCUCAGAGCAUAAGUUUUGCGAGUCAAAGCUCCUUUGUUAGAUACUGUUUCUGAUGGGAGUCUUGACUCUUGAAAGCUCAUACCCUGAAAAUCUUGUUGGUCUUCAAGGUGCUGCUGGACUUAAAUCUUGUUCUUCUAUAGACCAACAUGGUUACCCACCUGAAAACGUUCACACUUUGAUAUAUUUGAACAUAGUUGUUUUGUUUGAAACAACUACUGGAAUACAGUCAACUAGCUGGAAGUUGCAGUUUAAGUGAUGACUUUAACACGUAUCAUACGACAUUUGAUUUUUCCAAACAGGUCUUGGCACUUUUAUACUAACUGCCCAUUUGUGUGUUGUCUCUUUCUUUUACAAUUGCUUAUCCUAAGAUACAGAUACCCAGUAUGCUUAAUGUGAAAAGGAAAUGUAUUUUUUUUGUAAAGAAACUCUCAAGUAUUGUUGUAAAUACUUGGUCAGAGGUUACUGAACUUUAAAACUGAAAAACGUAAUUUAUUAUAUGACCUAAUUUAUUAAUCUGAAGAUUAACAAAUGUUUUGUUUUAGAAUAUCAAAAAGUGUUCUAGCUGUUUGCAUCAAAUAAAAAAAGUAGGUGUAUCAUAAAGGCUCAACAUUUUUCUGUUAUGAAUUCAGUUUCCAAAAAACAAAAAUUAAAAAAUAUAGUCCCUCAAGCAUUUUAUACUCAGUAUAUCAACACUGAUAUAAAUGUUUCUAUCCAGUUACUACCCAGAUUCAGUCAAGACAAAUCAUCCAUUCCUUUCAUCAGAGUAAGCAGUCUUUCUCCAGAAAUUGUAAAUGCUUGCUUUUGUUUUACAAUCAAGGCCAUAUUCUGAAAGAUUUUAGCAGACAUGGUGUCAAAUGUUUUUAUUAUUUUAUUAUUAUUAUUUUGAAGAUAUUAUUUAUCCUAUGUGCUGUAGCCAUUACACUCUUUUACUUUGGUUCCUGUUGUGCUCUUGUAAGAGAAAUGCAGAUAUAAUUUUCUGACAAACAAAAUAGAUGCAUAUGUGGCACUUGGAGUGCGCUGCAAUUCGGCAGAUUGCUUGUUUACUUUUCAAAAUGUAAGAUGGUUUCUUGUAAUUUGGCUCUUGGCAGCACAAUAAAAAUUAACUUGAUGAACUUU